GGACUCGCAGGCUUCCGUUGAAACUUCACGGACACUUGUAGCGAUGGCAGAGCUCCACAAACGUCGACGUGAGCCCGGAGACAGGAGCUCGUCAGCCGAGGGAGCAUCCUCCACGAUCAAGGGAGACACAUCCGGUCACAGCUCCGCGGUGCUCGUGAAACUCCUGGCCGCGGGGUUUUACGGCGUCAGUUCGUUUCUCAUCGUUGUUGUCAACAAAAGCGUCCUAACCAGCUACAGAUUUCCAUCGUCAACAUGUGUCGGAAUUGGCCAAAUGCUGGCUACAGUUGUAGUUCUGAGGACCGGGAAGAUGUUGGGCAUUAUCUCAUUUCCAGAUAUGGAUAUGAGUAUACCACGCAAGAUGUUCCCUCUGCCUCUGCUGUAUGUCGGGAAUCAAAUAUCGGGACUAUUUGGGACACAACGACUCAAUUUACCUAUGUUUACGGUUCUGAGGAGGUUCGGUAUUUUUCUUACCAUGGUGUUUGAGGGAUUCUUAUUGAAAAAGACUUUCUCUACCUCAGUAAAAAUGACAGUGUUUACCAUGAUCUUUGGUGCUUUUAUCGCAGCCAGCGCUGAUUUAGCUUUCGACCUUGAGGGAUACGUAUUCAUAAUGCUGAACAAUGUUCUGACAGCGGCCAGCGGGGCGUACGUGAAGCAGAAACUCGACUCCAAGGAGCUGGGCAAAUAUGGGCUUCUAUACUACAAUGCUUUGAUCAUGAUUUUCCCCACUGUUGCAUACGCUUACUACUCAGGGGACUUGCAGAUGGGGUUGGAGUAUCAUGGAUGGUCCGACCUGCUGUUUGUCGUGCAGUUCGUUCUCUCCUGUGUCAUGGGCUUCAUUUUAAUGUACUCCAUCAUGCUGUCCACGCAGUACAACUCAGCACUCACCACCUCCAUUGUAGGCUGUAUAAAGAACAUCGUUGUGACCUACAUUGGAAUGGUGUUUGGUGGAGAUUACAUAUUCACCUGGACUAACUUCAUAGGUCUAAACAUCAGCAUUGCCGGGAGCCUGGUGUACUCCUAUAUCACCUUCACACAGGAGCAGACGAAAAAGGAGUAAACCAUGGCGCCCUGAACCAACACUGAUGAACAAAGUACGUCCAGAACACAUUUUAUAUUGUCUGUGCACUGUAUGUGCAAUUAGGUAUUUUUUUAAACCACACUGUUAACAUGUUUUAACAUAUUUUUUUUACAAUAUUUUCUGUUUUGUCAGCACUCAAGUUUUUGCUGCAGUCACAGAAAGUUAUUUUGAGACACCAUUAUCAGCUUUUAUGUUUAUAAUUAUGACAAAGUGCCUUUAAUUUUUUUUAUAAUAUUUCAGUGAUUUAAAAAUAAUGGCAUGAGGAGAUUUUAUAUUUGAAAAAUCAAUAAAAUGGAGAGAUAUGGAAACUCAC